GCCGUACCGGUCUCUUGUCUCUCAUCAUUCAGAGAGGACGACAAUGUAAGCAUUUCGUCCACAGCUUCUGCAACUGCAAGGAGGCAAUCCCUCGCUUCGGCACGGCAGGCUAUUGUCUGACUCCCUCCCUGUCCGGCAUCCUUUCUGUUUUCUUUCCCGGUGUCUCAUCAUUUUGUUGGGGCCGGAUCGCAAGUGAAGCUCUCUAAGCCCUUGGUUCGCGGUUCUACGACGGUUUCCACUAUCGCGGACAACAAACUCGUUCGGCGGCUGCUUGCACGUCCGGCGAUCCGGAAGGCCGUUUUCUUUUCAUCCUACAAGUCGGCGCCAUGGCGACGGCAUCAGGUGCCUUCAAGUCGAGGGAGGAUCACAGGAAGCAGAUCGAGUUGGAAGAAGCCCGUAAAGCUGGGCUUGCUCCUGCUGAGGUUGAUGAAGAUGGGAAAGAGAUUAAUCCUCACAUUCCUCAGUAUAUGUCUUCCGCUCCUUGGUAUCUUAAUGCUGAGAAACCGAGUUUGAAACAUCAAAGGAAAUGGAAGUCGGAUCCGAAUUACACAAAAUCAUGGUAUGAUAGGGGUGCAAAAGUAUUUCAGGCAGAGAAAUACAGGAAAGGCGCGUGUCAGAACUGUGGAGCCAUGACACACGAUGCAAAAGCUUGCAUGGACAGACCUAGGAAGAUAGGGGCGAAAUGGAAUAACAAGCAUAUUGCCCCUGACGAAAAAAUAGAGACUUUUGAGCUUGAUUACGAUGGCAAACGCGAUCGAUGGAACGGAUAUGAUCCCGCCAAUUACGCACUAGUUGUUGCAAGGUAUGAAGCCCGUGAUGCAGCUAGGAGCAGGUAUGUGAAGGAGGAACAGCUCAAGAAGCUGGAAGAGAAAAAUAACAGCGAGAAUCCUGAGGAAGUUAGUGAUGAGGACAUUGACGAUGAUGUAAGAGUGGAUGAAGCCAAAGUUGACGAGUCCAAACAAAUGGACUUUGCUAAGGUUGAGAAGCGUGUAAGGACAACUGGUGGUGGUAGCACUGGUACUGUUAGACUUGAAUGCAGGAACCUGCGUAUUAGGGAAGAUACAGCAAAGUAUCUCUUGAAUCUUGAUGUUAAUUCUGCCUAUUAUGACCCCAAAACCCGUUCAAUGCGCGAGGACCCACUUCCAGAUGCAGAUCCCAACGAGAAGUUCUAUUUGGGAGACAACCAGUACAGAAACAGUGGUCAAGCUGAGGAGUUCAAGCAGCUCAACAUCCAUUCAUGGGAAGCUUUUGAUAAGGGGCAAGAUAUUCACAUGCAAGCUGCUCCUUCCCAAGCAGAGCUGUUGUAUAAGAACUUUAAGGUGAAUAAGGAGAAACUGAAGACUCAAACAAAGGACCAAAUGCUUGAGAAGUAUGGGAAUGCUGCCAGCCAAGAUGAGAUUCCAAAAGAGCUUUUACUAGGACAGAGUGAAAGUCAAGUUGAGUACGAUCGUGCUGGGAGAAUCAUUAAGGGACAGGAGGUUGUGCUUCCCAAAAGCAAGUACGAAGAAGAUAUCUACAUUAAUAACCAUACAAGUGUUUGGGGUUCAUGGUGGAAAGAUCAUCAGUGGGGCUAUAAAUGCUGUAGGCAGACUGUUCGUAACAGUUACUGCACUGGCGCUGCUGGUAUCAAGGCUGCAGAGGCUGCAACCGAUUUAAUGAAAGCCAACAUUGCCCGGAAAGAGGCUGAUGAUGAGUUGCCAGCACCAGCGGAGGAGAAGAGGAUGGCUACUUGGGGAACCGAGGUCCCUGAUGAUUUGGUGUUGGAUGAGAAGUUACUUGCUGAAGCACUUAAAAAGGAGGACCAGAGGAAAAGAGAGGAGAAGGAUGAGAGGAAGCGGAAGUACAACGUCAAAUGGAACGAUGAGGUUACCGCGGAAGACAUGGAGGCUUAUAGGAUGAAGAAAGUACAUCAUGAUGACCCAAUGAAGGAUUUCCUUCACUAGUUGAAGGAAGGCAACCCCGUGCCUUUUGCGCUCAGCUGCUGUCUGGCCUGGCCUGGCCUGCUGCUAAAUUUACUUGGUUGGCUUUGAAGUAGAACCAGCAUCAUGUGAUGAAACGGCUUGUAAGCAUUAAUGAGAACAACAGAUUGAAGCAACAACCAAUGUACCAAAACAUAUGUUGAGAUCAAUUAGAAAAAUAAAUCCAGCAACGGACUAUUAUCCAACUACCCAAUAUGAUGAUCUAUUAGGCUGUGCCCUUGGGCGUCAUGAGUCAUGACGCAACCAUAUCACAUCUCAACUCUUACGUGUAUUUUUAGGCUCUCACAUUUUAGAA